UGUCACAGCGUUAUGAGUCCUCCCUUCAUUGACCAUAACAGGACUCGGUAGAGAAGCUGUCGGGGUGGAGCAGCUCUGCCAACACAAGCAGACGAUUUAAAAAUGGAGCUCGGCGUCAGUCAGCGAUAGAAAAUAUGAACUGUCACCCACCAGGAGUCACCGCACUCGUCCGCUCUCAGUCACCGUAGUCACAGCCGGGCACACUUCGCCUGUAUGGCGGGUCUGUCUUAUUUAGUGCUCCGUUUUUCGGGCUCCGCUGGUCGGACUUACGGAGUGUUCUCCAAAGGCUUGACGAGGACUUUGUUGAUAUUUUUUGAUCUCGCAUGGCGCCUGCGAAUCAGAUUCCCCUAUAUCUACCUCGUGGCUUCGAUGAUGUUUAACGUCAGAUUACAGGUUCACAUUGAAAUCCACUGAGUCUUCAAUGCCUGCGUUUGGACUUUGGAUUUCGAGCACUGCCGUGUUUCAGCCCUCCUAAAAAAAAAAAAAACCC